AUGACGUUGGAGUUUGACGAUGAAGCACGCGCCUUCCAUUUGUCUUACCAGGGGGGCUUAAACGUGCAAAGCCACGUUUCGCGAGAGAAAGGUGACACGCAAACGGCAGCUCGCCUUGGUGCUGCACCUUGGCACAUUGGCGUGCUGGCGGCGCUCCUUCUCGUGUAUGAGAUCUUCUGUGGUGUUCAUGGCAACGAGGCUUUGGAGGGAAGAAGCCUCAAAGUCACCAAAGACCACUUGCAGCGUGCCUUCUUGCUGCUGAAGUUGGUGCACCGAUUGAAAGACAUUGCAUUGGGGGACUUGGCAUCCGACCCCGAUGCAGUCACCCCCACUGCGCAAGAGCUCCUCGGAAGUGUGUCCGCACCUUGGGCGCGUGAAGAUUUUGCAUCUUUCCCAGCAACACAGCCUCCGCCACAAGAUGACAAUGGUGCUUCAGAUCACGAUGCUCCCUGUGCACCCAACGUCGCCGACAGUCUCGUGGCCGUGCCGGCCACGCCAACAGUAGAGAAUCCUCCUUUGGCACUUUUGACUAGCAAAGACGUCCGGGCUCUGGAUUACGGAUAUGGCCACGAUGGCAGCAGUGUCCAAGGCAACCUGCAUGCCCCGCGUUUGACAGACCGCUUCAUUGUUCGCCACACCUUGCUCAUGGGGACCCCUAAGAUGGAUGCACGUGAGGCGUGCUCACGUCUGCGCUCAGCCAAGAAUGAAGGCAAGAAGGCUUUGCCGAGAGAUAAAUGGAUGAUCGUUAUGAAAGCUGCCAGUGACCAAUGCUCUGUGAUCCGGUUGCAGGAGAACGAUGGUGGAUCCGUGUCCCUUGCUCUCAAGCCACCCCCUUCAGAUGCCGAUGCACGUAUUCGGUAUCACAACGACUUGAUGCAGCUUUGCGGCCUCAGUUUGCGUGAGCUGACUGAUGCUAUCGCGAAAGCUCAGAAAGCUGCUUGCGAGAACAAACGUAAGCGCAAGAAGGAGGACGAAGAUGAGGAAGCGGAGGAUGAGAAAUGA